GAAAGUGAGGUGGUUUAUAGAGGAUUCUGAGUCCAAUGAGUGCCUUAAAAGCGCAGUCCUUGCCAUGCCAACUUUGGUUCUAUCACUGUACUACAUUAACUAUAAAUAGACCUUCAAGUUUAUGGAAUAUCCAUCACAACAAGCCUGCCUAGCCAACAACAAUUCUCUUCCCUUUGAAAUAUCAAAUGGCUGCUCAAGGAACCCAAACACUCUUCCUGUCAGCCUUAAUUUUUCUUUCUAUUGCAGUUUUCAGCUCUCAAGCUGCACUCGAUGCUCAUUAUUAUGAUCAAACAUGUCCUCAGGCAGAGUAUAUUAUAGCACAGACAAUUCGUAAUGCUUCUAUAUAUGAUCCCAAAGUGCCCGCUCGCCUCCUUCGCAUGUUCUUCCAUGACUGCUUCAUCAGGGGAUGUGAUGCAUCAAUUUUACUAGACUCUACACCCGGGAACAAAGCAGAGAAGGAUGGACCUCCUAACAUCUCGGUUCGAGCAUUUUACGUCAUUGAGGAUGCAAAGGCUAAGCUCGAGAAGGCAUGUCCACACACAGUUUCAUGUGCAGACAUAAUCGCCAUGGCUGCCAGGGAUGUUGUCACUAUGGUAAGCUCUUGUCCUUCACAUUAUCUCUCUCUUUCACUCUUUUCCUAUGAUAGUACUCCAUGGAUUAUUAUUAAUCCACUGUUUACACUGUUGCUACCUAAAUUUCAGACUGGAGGACCAUUCUGGAACGUGCUCAAAGGAAGAAAAGAUGGAAGGGUGUCAAAAGCUACUGAUACUACAAACCUUCCACCCGCAUUCUUGAAUGCGACUCGACUAAUUCAGACCUUUGCUAAAAGAGGUUUGGGGAUUAAAGAUUUGGUCGCGCUAUCUGGUGGCCACACUCUAGGCUUCUCACAUUGUUCUUCUUUUGUGGCUCGCAUUCAUAAUUUUAGCACAGUACACUAUACUGAUCCUAGCAUGAACUCCGAAUUUGCCAGCAUGCUUAGGCAAAAGUGUCCAAGAUCAAACAAUAACGGAGACGCAGGGCAGUUCUUAGAUUCAACCGCAUCACAAUUUGAUAAUAUCUACUACAAACAGAUCAUCGCCAGAAAGGGUGUUUUCGGAACAGACCAAGUCAUGUAUGAUGAUCCAAGGACCAGAUGGAUGAUUGAGGCAUUCGCCAAUAACCAAAACUUAUUCUUCAAAGAGUUUGCAGCUUCAAUGAUAAAGCUUGGAAACGUAGGAGUUAAAGAAGUAGGAGAAGUGCGGCUGAGCUGCGGAAGAGUGAACUAAGUACAGACACAGGCAUGAUGUGCAUAUAUACAAGAGAGAAACUGAGAAGAGAGAGAAAGUAACCCAUUGCUUGUAUCUUUAGAGAUGUAAUAAUGUGAGUUUUAUUUUGUAAACUCUGACUAAUAUUAAUGCAAAAUUUAUUAUUUUCAUAUA